AUGAUGCGCGCAAACGAUCCUCGAAUUCGCCAGACGAUCAACCAGAUCUCGCAGAACAUCGAGUCGGCUAAUGAAACGGCACAAGAAAGCGUCUACACCUUCACGCAGAAUUAUCUAUCGCCCUGCUUCUCUGCGAUCGGCAAUUGUCUUCACACGUGCACGGCACCGUGCUUCCCGAGCCGGGAGGACCAGCUGCGUCGUCGACGAAGAGGUCGCGCGGAACUCAACUUUGAUUUCUACGAUGACUGGGAUAACGACGAUGCAGGAGAUGCCCUGCUGGGUUGGGGGAAUGACGAGUUGGAUCGUCUCCUCGCGGGGAGUGGGAGCGGUCGCGGCAGCGCAGAGCAGCCGCGCCGACAACGAACAAUGAGCUAUGGAGCUCGUCGGACAAGACGGCGAAGCACGGUACUUCCGGACGAGAGAUCAGACCCAACGGUUAUUCCGAAAUCUUCAUUCUUAGGUUUCCUCGAACGCUUUCCAUGGAAGAUUGGUGCGAGAGGUAUUAAAUACAGACCAUCCGCCGCGGACCUGCAAGAGAACCCGGGCGGAUUAAGGCGCCACAUACACGAAGAUGAGCCGUUGAUGGAGGCUGCUGAAGAGAACGAAGACGGACUUGAUCGUGGUAAGCAGACCAGACAGCGAAGCGGAACACACUCUUCUCGGGAGACUACAAAUUCACUCAGUUCGCGAGGCGAUCUGAUACCGAGCGACGAGGAGGAAGAUGCCGUCCCGUUGGAUGACGAAUUUGCUUUAGCCCUAGGGCGCCGCGGAACUGGUCUCAGCUUGGAAGAGCCCUUCGGGAAGCCUAGUUUCUCUAGAAGGUCUACUGGUACACAUACUUCAAAGGAUUCCAGGAGAAAGAGCAAGAGCGACAGCAGAGGGAGAUCUUCACUCAAGUCAGAUUAUGAAGUGGUCUAUGACGGAGACGUCCCUGCUAUGGUGGAUUUGAAGAAGGAAGAGGAACAAGCCAGGUUGGAAGAGGAGGCGGAAAUUGCGCGGAAGCGCCUUGCUGCUCAUAAGCUGGCUAUAAGCCGAGGGCUAGAGCACACUGAAGACGAUUCUACGCCUUCAAUGCCGCCUUCUCGAUCUUCGACUACGUCGAAUAUUGGACGUGCAUCGCUGACUGUUGACGAAGCUACCACUCAAGGCGGCACAGCGGUUGCAUCUAUACAUAAUUCCCCUGGGGAGCAGACAGCAGCUAAUGAGCUACACACGGAGCCAUUCCCUCCUCUAUCACCAUCAUCGCCAGGCGCUGCAUAUAUGCAAGAGAUGGCGCCGUCCGCAACAGAAGUAGACGAGCCAAAACCGGUGGAGCAGAAACCGCGGUCAAACUCUGAUAUGGAUGAGAGUUGA